AUGGUUAAAGGGGCUCUCACCGCCAAGCUCAUUGCAACAGUUGCAAUUGUGGCCCUUGGAUCCCUUCAAUUUGGCUACCAUAUGGCGGAAUUGAACUCUCCCCAGGCCAUUCUCUCCUGCGCCCUUUCAGUGCCUGGAAACACUAAGUACAAGAAAACGUUCUUUGGCUCACAUGGUUUUAAGAAAUGCAUUACUUUAUCUAGUGAACAAAUCGGCUUGGUCACCUCUAUCUUCAGUAUUGGAGGCCUUAUCGGGUCCUUCUAUGUGGGAACCAUAGCAGAUAAGAUCGGACGCAAAAGAACAACCUUGUUCCACAAUGUGAUAUUUUUUGUUGGCUCGUUUUUGAACGCAACGGCCAAUUCCUUUGCGGUUCUUCUUGCUGGCCGUUUCAUAGCCGGAAUAGGCGCAGGAUCUGCUAUUGUGGUCACCCUGUUGAUGAUCAACGAAAUUGCACCAGACCAGUACAAGGGCUUUCUUGGUCUGAUGAACCAAGUCUCAAUCAACGUUGGAAUUCUACUCACUCAGGUGUUGGCCUUGUGGCUUUGCACAAACAAUUCCUGGAGGUACCUUUUAUUGACUGGAUCGGUCAUUGCCGCCAUCAACUUUUGCCUCAUUCUCUCGUACAUGGAUGAAUCUCCGGUAUGGUUGUACAACAAUGGAAAGGCCGUGGAUGCCUUCAAGGUCCUUCAUUCCCUUCGUGGUGGUGAGUACUCGGACUCCAGAAAUGAAGUCAAUAGUUGGAAGAGUGGAGGAGUAGGAGACGAGGAAUCUUUGCUCUCAGAUGAGAGUUCUCGUGCUACAUCUGGCUCUUCAACAGUAACGUUGACUGAAUAUCUCCGCCUGCUGGAGUACAAGAAUUCUCGUUUGGUCGCCACGGGAAUCUUGGUAUUCCAACAGUUUUGUGGUAUCAAUUCAAUUAUAUUCUAUGGUGUCUCGGUAUUAAUCAGCAUUUUCCCGGACGCUGCUAUCUUCAUUAAUUGCUUGAUCUCUAUCGUCAAUGCUGUUGUGACCUUCGCUUCAGCCCCAUUGAUCGACAGAUUAGGAAGGAAACCACUACUUAAGACUUCAGUGCUGAUGAUGGGCAUUUCCGCAGUUUUACUUGGUUAUGGAAUCAGCACCAAGAAUGCCUUAUUUUCGGUGGUGGGAACCUUCGUGUACAUCACCUUUUUUGCUGUCGGACUUGGCCCUAUUCCAUUCCUUUUAGUCGGUGAAGUCACUCAACAGAAGGCAAAGGCUCCAGCGCAAAGUUGGGGUGUGACCAUGAACUGGGUGGCCACCUUUGUCGUGGGUUUCUUGUUCCCAAUUCUCAAGAAUUCCUGGAUAGGCGCUGGCGUCUAUUACAUCUUUGCUGUAAUGUGUAUCCUCACAUUUUUAUUCGUGCAAAGAUUUGUCCCAGAAACGAAGGGUAAGCACAGUUACGAAGAGGUUUGGGCUCAAGGCCCUCAUUGA